ACUCUACUCUUUCUUAGCCCUUAGGCAAGCUCCACCCGACACAUCUAAAAAAAAAAAAAACUCCACCCGACAGCGACGAGGCAGCGGCGCAGCGCACGGCAUCGAUCUUAGGCAAGCUCAGCCAAACGCAUACUGCUCGUCGUCGCCCCGCUGUUGCGGCCACCGCCGGCAAUGUCUUGGUUCGCGCGCUCCAUCGCCAACUCCCUCCUCUCGCCCGACGAACCCGACGCCGACGGCGAAGACCCCCGCCCUUCCGCGUCCCCCACCCCGGGCUCACCUCCUCGUGGCGUCCGCGAGGACCUCUCGGAGCUCACCGACGCCCUGGCCCACCGGUUCCAGGGCCUCGCCUCCUUCCUCGCUCCGCCCGCUCCCGGCGGCGGCGGCUCACCCCGCGCGCCGAACCCGGCUGAGAUCGCGGGCCGCUUCCGCGCAGGGCUCGCUCGGCUCCCGGGCCGCCAGGCCGUCGCGGAUCUCGCCAAGAUCGCCUCCUCUCUGCUGCCCCCGGACGAAGGCUGGGGCGAGGCGGAUGCCGCGGGGGUUACCGAGGACGUGGUCGCCUUCGCGCGGGACGCCGCCAUGCGACCCGAGCUCUGGCUCGACUUCCCCCUUCUCGCUGACGACGCCUACUCGGACGAUUUCGACAUGACUGAUGCGCAGCAAGACCACGCGUUGGCAGUCGAGAGCAUGGCGCCGGAGCUGGCCGAUCUCAGGAUCGAGCUCUGCCCGAGCCACAUGAGCGAGGCCUGUUUCUGGAUGAUAUACUUCGUGCUGCUGCACUCUAAGCUCACAAAGGAGGACGCUGAACUUCUUUCAACUCCGCAGAUUUUGGAAGCUAGAGAGAAGUUGUCAGAAGAUUUGAGAUAUCAGGAAAAGUUAGAGAGCAAUGAAGACACAGUAGAUGUGCCUUUCAGCAGUGCAGAGGGUACUGUACCUAAGCUUGCAGAGGUGGUUGGCGUAUUGAAAGAUCAAGAUGCCUUGGUGAGGGCCACAUCUUUUAGCAACAUAGACCUCGGUAUACGUCAACCAGCUGAUCUGAAAGUGCUAGCAAAAGAUACAGUCAGCAUCGCUGGAGCUGUUACGUCAGAUAACAUCAGCGGCAGUGUACCUGUACAACUUGUGCCCGUAUUUACAGUGGCCACUGAGUGCUCAGAAUCAAGGAUGGACGAAAGCAUUCAUGCUUUCUGUACAGAAGAUGCCACUGAAUUUUCAAAAUCCAGGAUCGAAGAAAGCACACCUGACUUCACUACAGAAGUUGCUGUAGCAAAUGACCAAACUGUGACAUCAAUAGACAGUUCUCCGUUGAUGAAAGAUCAACGGAAACAGCCAUCGAAUGACCUAGGUCAAUCAAGAGUUGUCGUUCAGAAGACGUAUAAUGAUGACAGCGAAGGUGAUGGGGAUGAAUGGUUGGAAGAGGAGACAGGUGGUCCGGGAAAUAUGCACAUCCCAAUAGCACACGACGAUGAGGAUGUAUCUUUCAGUGAUCUUGAGGAAGAUGAUGACGCAGCAUGACAUCACUGGCGAGCUUGACUAUCACCUGUCUUUGAGCAUCCGGUUCGAUCCCACAUGUAUAUAGGAUCAGCUUGGCUUAUGUCCACUGUAUGGUGCUGCUGCGACCAACUGCUACUGCAGAUAAUUGCUCCUUUUCUGACAUCAUCUCUGUGCCCAGUAGGCAGUAGAUGCCAACAUUGGCUUCGCAAUCCAAGCCCCACUUUACCAGAAUUGAAUUUACUGAACUGAUCUCGUGGUUCCAGUGCCUUUGGUACAGUACAGUGUGUAGAGGGCAGAGACUUCUGCGUUUUGAGAUUUGGAUCAACACCCUGAUUCCCGAGGCUCAAAAAUGUAUCUUUCAACAAUGAUGACGGAUUUGUAUUAUGUUCAGUGAAAAGAAAUACGAUUCUUGUCAUAUCAUAUGUGCGUGCUGUGGCUAAAAUCCUAGUCCCUCCGUCCCAAAGUAAGUAUUGCAAUUUUGUCUAGCUACGUUCUUGGCACUUAUUUUGGGACGGAGCGAGUACUACUGAGCAUCCAUGCAAAUCCAAGAUUUGACUAAAGUAUAUGAGAAGACAGAAAGCUUGGCAAUUCAUGAACAGAUUUUCUGGGAGAAUUCAGCAUAUUUUCGUUGUUUCUAUCCUAUUAAACUUGUCUGGCCCGUGCUGCUUGAUCCAUAGUAACAGAGGAUUCACUUCGAGGUACUCAAUCCAGUGACCAAGUUGGAAUUACGUUGGAAAGAAAAUGUUUUAGGUGAGCUUGACACUUCAGCUGGGCUAUACCUCUUCUCCAUUCAUGUGACAACAAGUCAGCUCCUUGUACUAUGAACAUGAUAUACAGGACAAGAGUCACAAGCUUGUCGUACUGCAGCUACCUUCCGUCCAUUUUGAAAUCAUCUUCGUAGUGACUUUUUCUAAAAAGAAACUGCCUUUCUUCUUGGUA